GUUAAUGUCGCUGGUAGUUGUAACAGUUUAUAACAGCUUGACUUUACUGCUGGGAGGUAACAGGUUAUAACUGGACAGACAUGGAGCAGGUCACAGGAGCUCAGCUGGUCGCUGAGGCUCUCAGAGCUCAGAAUGUGGAGUACAUGUUUGGGAUCGUGGGUGUUCCUGUCAUGGAGGUGGCCAUGGCUGCUCAGGCUGAAGGGAUCAGAUAUGUGGGAAUGCGCAAUGAACAAGCGGCGUGCUAUGCAGCAUCAGCCAUCGGAUACCUGACUGGGAGACCAGGAGCCUGCCUGGUGGUGUCUGGUCCUGGACUCAUUCAUGCUCUGGGAGGAAUGGCCAACGCUAACAUGAACUGCUGGCCGGUGGUUGUUAUUGGAGGCUCAUCUGAUCGGAACCAGGAAACAGCAGGAGCCUUCCAGGAGUUUCCUCAGGUGGAAGCAUGUCGCCUCUAUAGCAAGUUCUCUGCCAGACCCAGCAGCCUGGAGGCCAUCCCCUCAGUCAUAGAGAAGGCAGUCCGAAUCAGCAUGUAUGGCCGUCCAGGUGCUUGUUAUGUGGAUAUAGCAGGAGACAUGGUUAAUGCUACAGUGGACAGAAGCAACAUCAGAGCUGUGUCCUGCUGUCCAGCUCCACCACUGAGUCUAGCUGCUCACAGAGCAGUCAGAGAGGCUGUUUCUGUGCUGAAAGCAGCUAAAAGACCUUUAGUGAUCGUUGGCAAAGGUGCAGCCUAUGGCCGAGCAGAAGAUGCUCUGAGGGAGUUUGUGGAUGUGAGCGGUGUGCCGUUCCUGCCGACCCCGAUGGGGAAAGGCCUCCUCCCUGAUGACCACAGCAGCUGUGUAGCUGCUGCUCGCUCCAGAGCUCUCCUCCAGGCCGACGUGGUGCUCCUCCUUGGAGCCAGGCUCAACUGGAUGUUACAUUUUGGGCUGCCACCUAGAUUCAACCCUGACGUCAAGAUCAUCCAGGUUGAUCUUUGUGCUGAGGAGAUGGGGAACAACGUGACGCCUGCUGUUGCUCUGCUAGGAGACGUUAACGCUAUCGUCACUCAGCUCCUGGACGCCGUCCGUGCAGACGGCUGGAGAUAUCCUUCUGACACAGAGUGGUGGAGCACACUGAAGGACAAAAUUGCUGCUAACGCAAAAAUAUCAAAGGCGCUGGCUCUCCAGGCGACCGUGCCCAUGAACUACUACACCGUGUUUCAUCACGUGGCCCAGCUGCUGCCUCAGGACUGCAUCAUCGUCAGCGAGGGGGCAAACACUAUGGACAUAGGACGCACCAUGCUGAACAACUACCUGCCAAGACACAGGUUGGAUGCUGGAACAUUUGGAACGAUGGGCGUCGGCCUCGGCUUCGCUAUCGCAGCCGCCGCUCUGCAGAGCGGCGAGGAUAAACAGCAGAGGAUCGUCUGCGUGGAGGGAGACAGCGCCUUUGGGUUCUCUGGCAUGGAGGUUGAAACUAUGUGCAGGUAUAACCUACCUGUGGUCAUCAUCGUGGUCAAUAAUAACGGCAUUUACAGCGGAGUAGAUCCUGAGACGUGGAAAGAAAUGGCAAAAAUGGGAGAUCUGACCUCUAUAGCUCCUCCUGUGACGCUGCUCCCUGAGGCGCGUUAUGAUGAGGUCAUGGCAGCGUUCGGAGGCCGAGGGUUCCUGGUGAGGACGGUGGAGGAGCUGCGUAGCGCUCUGCAGAUCAGCCUGAGUGACUGGGAGAGACCCAGCCUCCUCAACGUGCUCAUCAACCCUUCCUCUGACAGGAAGCAGCAGGAGUUCCCGUGGCUCACUCGCUCCAACUUAUAGACAGGAAGAGGAAUCUGCCUUCUCCGUCCUGAACGUUUCCUCAGGAAACUAAAAUGAGGAAAAUAUAAAGCUGCUUUUUUGUUUUUGUGAUUGUUUCCAUGAAAUAACUGAUUUUUUUUUUUUACAAAUUCUUACUACA